ACCAUUCAAUUUCACUCAGGAAACAAGUGCAGUGAGGUUAUGACAUAGCAUCACUUUUCAAAUUAACUUCAAAAUGCACAUCAUAAGGGGUAAGACACUGAAAGGCACAAGCAUGCUUCUCUGUGGUUUACUGCUAAUCUACUGCCAGAUCACCAGUGUGGGGGCUCAAGACAUAUAUGUGGCAGAAGUGAUGAUCGAAGGUAAUGCAACCAUGGAUGUAUCUGGUUUCGUGUCUGACAUAAUCAUGCCUGUCACAGCCACCACAACCAUCGUGGAUGCUGAAAUAAUAGGCCAAUGUGAGCUCGUUGGUGAUGAGACAACAUGCUGGUGUGAGCCCAAUUACAUUUGGAGUGAUCUAGUGUGCGACACUAUAAGUACCUGCUGCAACUCUUUAUAUUGUGUGGCGAAUAUAUCCCAUUUCACACCAAUGUGUGUGCCCCAAGUGAAUGUUACCCUUUCCGGAAUCAUCGUCAUGCCAGCAGGAUACAACCUUCAAACGGACCUGACUACUGAGUUCAAGAAAUUGAACGGUUUCAACUCAAUCACCGUGCUAACAGUUGCUACCGGUCAAAAUUUCAUAGUGAGCCUCAAUGCCACAUUUAAGAGUGUGAAAGUUCAAGACAUACUUGAAAAACUGAAGAUGACCUAUACAUAUAUUACAGAUAUUAACGUUACAUCAACAGGAUUGGUCUCAAUGGAAAUUCCUCAAGAGAGGGUGUGUUAUAAUUCACGGUACAUGCUAAACUGCAGCACAGAAGAAACAAUGGAGACUUGCACAUGGAUGAUUGCAUAUCCUGGAGUUUACCCACUGACAGUUGGAGUUGGGACAGAAGUGAUACAUAUGCCUUGUUCAAACCAAACAUCACUCGACCUUCUGAACAUAAAAGGGUAUUGGGAAGGAACAUACAUCUGCCUACUUACUAAUGGGACAGUGUCACAUUCAGCCUCAGGAGUUCUCAAGGUCGCCCUUUUACCAGAAGAAAUUAACAUCACAAGCGUUCCACCUACUGCAGAUUGUUCUACGAGUUCAUCUACGUCAGUUACCGUGACAUGUUCCGCCUUUCAGAGUUCAGAGAAUUACACGGUUACCAUAAAUGAUUUACCACCACUGAUAUCAGUGGAUGCUGUAAUACAAAGCUACAUUAUAACUAUUCCUAUCGACUGCAUGACGGAACAGAUACCAUCAAUCACUGUUUUCUGCCAGUUCACAAACGAUCUAGCCCAGGCCCAAAUCUCCAAUGCAACCAUACCAAUAAUAUACCCUGGGGAUCCAUUUUGUGCAGAAGAAAAUGGAUGGCCACUAACUAAGGGUGGAGAAGUAGCAACUAUACUCUGUACUGCACUAGGCAAAGUAGGAAAUAUGGAGCGACUGUGCAUUGACACAGUAUGGGCUGACCCAGUUGAUCUUUGCACUAAAGAAUCACUGAAUAUAUUACUCUCUAUAUCAUCGGAUUUUGAAAAAGGAAUUGGGGCCACAACAGAGGGUGCAAUUGUCAUUUUUGAUAGUCUGAAGAAUAGCACUUUAUCUGGAAACAGCUAUGGUGAUGUAAUGGCCACUGUUUCGAUCAUUACAACAAUGAGCGGUGCAUCCAGCAGAGUCACAAUGACCGAGUCCUUACUGCCAAGUUUCAUUGAUUCUGCAAGCAGUCUACUGAACACAACCUGGACAUCAACAAAUAAAAACCGUGACUAUAACAUUGCUACAACAUAUCUAUCAUCUGUUGAGAACCUGGUGAAAAACAUUGAAGUUAAUAACAGUGAUGGACAUAAUUCUUCAAACAUCCAACUUCAAUUCUGCCGGAACAACUCUGUUUGUAAUAAAACCCUUUUCAAUGUAGAACUUGAAUUGAACUCAACUUCUCCCAUGGUGAAAACUAUGGGAAUACAGAGCAUGGCAUCACGUCUCCCAAAGGGCAUUUAUCAAGACUCAAUAUUUCCAUCCUUAGUUGUCACUGCCGUAAUCGAAAAGAGUCACCAUGCAUUCAUCAGGAUGUCUUAUCCAAUACCUGAAAAUGACUCUACUGGCAACUCACCAUUCUGCAUAUUUUGGAACACAACAGAAAAGCAAUGGUCAGAUGAUGGCUGUAUCUUGUUAGAAAGUUCUGAGAACACAAGUUACUGUGAGUGCAAUCACCUGACCUCAUUCUCUAUGCUGUUGUCCAAGACUCCUGUUAACCUGCCUUUCUUAGACCAGAUAACUUACAUUGGGUUGGGAAUCUCCAUCUGCUCCCUGAUUGUCUUCCUCAUCGUUGAAUGCUUGGUAUGGAAUGCAGUAGUGAAGUCCAACCUCUCUCACUUCCGUCACACUUCACUCGUCAACAUUGCUGUGUGUCUUCUCAUAGCUAACUGCAGCUUUGUUGCCUCUUCCUUCCCAAACAUUCUGAAUGAUACUUUAUGUCUUGUAUUAACACUCUCAAAGCAUUUCUUCUACCUGGGCAUGUUUUUCUGGAUGUUCUGCUUGAGCAUGAUGCUCGCCCGUCAGCUCAUUUUUGUCUUCAGCCCACUCAGAAAAAAAGUGUACAUGCCUCUCGCCAUCAUUGUUGGGUAUUUCUGCCCAAUAGUGAUAGUGGUUGUGACCUAUCUCUACUACGACAAGAGAAAAGAUGUAACCUACUAUAACCGAGUUUCUUGCUGGCUGACAUAUGUAUCAGCAAUGCAAGGCUCCCUGUAUGCUUUUCUCCUUCCUAUUGGGUUCGUUGUGUUCGCUAACUUAUGCUCAAUGGGGGUGGUCAUUUCAACUCUCCUGAAAUCUGCUGCAACUGACAACACCAAAAAGGAUGACAAAGAAGCAGCCAAGAGUGUCAUCAAAGUGAUCGUUUUUCUGACGCCAGUUUUUGGUGGGACCUGGAUUUUAGGACUAUUUGUCUUUCUGUUGGAAGACGAUGGUUUCAUCAAGGUGUUAAUCAAUUAUGCCUUCACCAUUUUUAACUCCUUACAGGGCUUCUUCAUUUUGCUGACAGGAUGUUUUGGAGAAAAAAGAGUUCGAGAUGAAAUUGUGAAACUUGUCAGGUCAUCGCUGGGAUCCAAAAGUGAAAGCAAGACUUCAGCUCAAAAGUGAAGGGGUUAAACUAGAAUAGAACAAGGGCUGAAGAUUUGCCAAUUUUACAGCAGCAGUACACAGAGCAUCAGACACAAUGGACCGCAGGAUGCUGUACAGUACAAAAGUUCAUCAAAGAAGAUAAUAGAGACUCAUUUAGCAAAUAUCUGACACCACUAGCAUUCAUGCUGCAGUAUGCGGCACUUUGCAUUAGCUGAUGUGCAGGUCAAGUAAUUUGAUAAAUUCCCUUAAAUGACAGCAGAUUUGAUUUAGACUAUAUCUCUUUGCCAAAGAACUGAUACUGUCUGCUUUAUAUAUACACACACAUUUUCACCUUUUAUGCCUUUUACCUGUAGUUUUUCCUCAUGUUCUUUUGCUCUUCUGAAAGCAGUCUGACUGCAGUAAUAUAAUUGUUCAUAUAUUGUACAAAGUAUGUUUUUUUUUUCUAA